AUGGAGAGUUUUUGGGCAAGUCUGAGGCACCUCACUGCUAUUGGGGUGAGAGCCCGUGUUUACUGUGAAGACUUUCUGUUCCCAAAGGUGCACAGAACUAUGGCAGACCUGUGGUGGAUUUACUCCAAACCUGUCCCAGCAGACGGCAGAGAGCUCUGCACCUUGUUUCUGCAGUGCUCCUGCAUUACAGCAGUGAUAGGAGGCCUCUUUUACAACUGGAUGUUUGCUUCCCUGGAGUACUCCUGGCACCUCUCCGCUGCCAUGGCCAUCUCCUUCAGCCUGCUCCUUCUCCUGACUCUCUUUUUGGUGCAUCCUGCCCGUUGUGUCUUCAGCAUGAUCAUGCCCACAUUAGGCACCAAGCAGGGCAGGAAGCUUCUCUUCUCGACCUGCAUCAUGAUUGCAGUGGUGAACAUAACACCCAACAUCAUAAGCAACAUCAAAACCAUACUGCAGGUUAUUCAGUGCAUCUGCAAGAAUUCCUCUGACAGCCUUCUGAACUCAACUGCCCUGCUGGAGAAAGUUUCCUGGGAGUUUGGGGAUGCAGUCCAAGAAGCCACUCGUUCCAUUUAUAAGCCUAUGAAUGGACAUUUUCGUUUUUCAUUGCUUCAGAACAGCUCCUUGAUUUACCAAAAAAUGCACCUUGCUGGUGAGAAAAUUAGCAGAGAGUUCUUGUCUGUUGAGGAACUGGUCAAAGACUCUGUCCGAGUUGCCAACAGACUGGCUGCUGGACUCUUCAUGCUCUAUCUCUGUUUUGAGUCCACCUGUUAUUUGAAAAAUUAUCUCACCAACAUCAGCUUUGACAAUUUUUACAUCACCAAGAAGCUGGAACGUUUAGCCAUGGACAGAAGAGCAACUCAUCUCCUGGUGAGCUCAUCCAAAAAACUCAUCCGACCAACAGGCUUGAAGCUGUCCAGGGAAGAGGUGGCUCUGUGCCUCGUGCAAGCCAUGCUGGUCACCGUGGCCCUGGUGCUGAUGCUGGUGGUGGUGGCCAUGGACCACUUUGCCUUCAGCGUGGCAGACACGGCGGUGAGAAAGGCAGCUCAGUUCUCUGCAGUGCCUGUCACACUCAGCAUCAAAUACAAGGCUGAAAUAGGGAUCAUGCCCUUUCUAUUCAAAGUUUUCUGGCGUCCUUCUGAGGCAUUACUGCUCCAGGACUUCAACAGGACCUACCACCAUCAGCUGAUCUUCAGCUCUGCCCACUGCAGGAUCAGCCCCCCCAGGCCCCCCAACCCCUCUGUGCUGCUCGUUGUGGGGCUGCUCUUCUGCAUCCUCUACGGCACCGUGUUCCUGGGAACGUACGCGUGGCGCCUGUGCCGCGGAAUCGCCGCCUCCUUCUUCCAGAGCUGCGAGGAGAAGAGAGUGCUUCACCUGUACAGGAAACUGGCCAGGAGGCACAGGAAGGAGCAAAACUCUGUGAAGGGUGCUUUGGGAAGUCAGGGGGAUGGCUGCAUGUCUGAUACCACAGCACAGGCUUCUGCCACAAGGGUCACGCGUUUAAUUUUCCAGAGUUAG